GUCUUGAUGGCAAGAAAUUUUACUCCAGGCUGGAACGAUCCACCUCAGAUCUCAGCGGGUGGUUUAGACCACUGUCGCCAUGGCAACUCGCGCAGUUUGUUCAGGAACCAUUCUUAUUACCAAAACUUUCCCGGUGACUUAGCUAACUACAGUGCUUCGGAUCGCGGCAAUGUUCUGAUCGCCUCGCAUUCGGCGGCAGACAUUUCUGGAUUAGGCAAUUUUACUCCACCUCUAAGUGCGAUGACGAUGACAGUGGGCUCUGCCAUGGCCGGCUCAUCGUCUUCCUUGCCGUCUGAAAAUAGCAUUCCUGAGCUAAACAACAGCCAGAUUCUGGAGAUAUUGGAAAAUCAGUUGAGCGCUAUUCCUUCAUUGAGCAAUUUCUGCAAAGAAGGCAUCAGAAGACGAAUUGACAGGUUAAGCGAAGUGCUAAAUUCUCAGUCGUUGACCGACGAGUGCAGGAAAAAGCUGUGUCUUUUAGUAACAGAACUAUCCAAUCAUCAAUAUGUAAAUGCGUAUAACGUUCAGGGAAAUUUGAUGGUGGAUCACUUCAGUGAGGCUGAAGAAGAUUACUGGAUUCAAUGUAACGGUUCUUACGAGCAGCAAGAAGCGAAGUUGAUCGAAGCUGCUGAAUUCAAGCGUAUGCCCAGCAAGCCUAAACUGGUUAACAGUUCGAAGGAGUGGUUCCUGCGUCAUAUUCGUGACCCGUACGUUAGGAGAGCCCAGCUGAACCAUUAUCGAGCAAGAAGCGCAUUCAAGCUGAUAGAGAUCGACGAUCGGUUCCAUUUUUUGAAGCCGGGCAUGUUUGUAGUCGACUGCGGCGCCGCACCGGGCAGUUGGACGCAAGUCAUAGCGAAAAGGGUAAACUGCGGCGGCGUAGAGGCUAAUCGUCCAAUCGGCUUCACCAUUGCCAUCGACAAGGCUUCCAUGGAGCCGAUCAGCGACGUUAUUGUGCUGCAGAACACUGAUAUGUUAGAUCCUGAAAUAACUGACCUGGUAGACGUUCAUCUUCAAGGCCGGAAAUUAGAUGCCGUUGUAAGUGACAUGGCUCCAAAUGCCACUGGCAACCAUCAGCUGGAUCAUGAGCGCAUUCUAAAGUUGGACUAUUUGGCGCUUUCUUUUGCUGUCAGAAUGUUGAAAAGACAACAAGGAAUUUUCUUGUGCAAACUGUGGACCGGAAGCGACCUAAAUCAGUUUUGCACCGUGGUAAAAAAGUUUUUUUCCGAAGUCCAUAUCAUCAAACCACUGUCAAGCAGAAAGGAUUCUUCUGAACUGUAUAUUUUUGGUAAGGGGUUUAAACACAGCGAGAACAUCUAUUUUUAA